UGUGAUGGUAAAAUCAAUUGGAAAUGAGAAGAUUGUAUGUGUCUAAUAAAUACGUACAAGAAUUAAAGUUACUUUUAACAUAUUAGCUAAAUUAAACGUUUUCAAGUAUUUCAUUAAUUUUUUGAACUUAAGAAAACGUUGCUCGUAACUUAUUAAACAAUAGAAAUGGGUGGUAAUUCUAAACAAAGCCAAAGAACCAAAAAUAACGUCCGUCCAUCCAGCAGUGGGCGCAGUGCAGAACUCCUAAGCAAUGUCAAGCUGGAAUCAGGUCUAGUGAGCAUUGCAGGAGGAAAAGUUCUUCCAGCACUGUUUCCAACACUUACAGUUGCUACUAUAGACCAGGAAAUUAGUCCAGAAUUCCAAAUAUGCAUAAAAAAGUUGAACAAAAAGGAUCCUAUUACAAAGACAAAGGGACUACAGGAAAUGUUGGAAACCAUAAACAAUAGUAAAGUUGAUGAUGUCAUCACAAUUCUGCCAAGCUGGGCACAUUUCUAUAAAAUACUUGCCAUUGACCCAGACAGGAAAGUGCGAGAGUAUACACAGUUAUGCCACAGCAGCGUGGUGCGCGCGUGCGGGCGGCGGCUGGCCCCGCGGCUGCGGCAGCUGGUGCCGGCGUGGCUGCAGGCGCGGCACGACGAGCACGGCCCGGCGCAGGCGCACGCCAGGACCUCGCUCGCUAGUACGUUCCCCGAUGCCAAGCUACCGGAAGUUUUAGCAUUUUGUAAGACAGAAGUUAUGACCCAUUUCCUCGAUAAUCUCAUCGGCACCGGUGAAGCCAGCAUCUCCAAAAAAGCAGACAGCCCAGAAGACAAGGAGCAGCAAGUGACCCGCCUCAUCAGCAGCUCGCUCCUCGGCCUGGAGUACUUCGUCCGGCAGCUGCCCGCCCAGCACGACGCCUGGCUGUGGGCCCAGCUGUCCGCCCUGCUGCACGCCGCCGCCUUCUGGAAGCUCGCGGCGCACUCCUCGCCGCGGAUACGCGCGGGCUGGGCGGGCGCGGUGGGGCGCCUCGUGCAGCGGUUCCACUCCACGUUCGGUGACCAGUUCGGCGCCAAGACCUUUCGCGUCUUGCUCGAAAGGACCCAGGACACCGAGCUGUUGGUGGUGGCGCCGCUGUGGACCUGUCUGCUGCUCUACACGCACAGCGUGCAGGACUGGUGUGAACAUUUGGAGAACAAGGAAUUGCUGCUUAAAAGAAUGCUCGAGUUAUUAGAAAACGGGGGGCGCGGCGACGCCGGCCUGCUGCGCGCCGCGCUGCUGCCGCUGCUGCCGCGCCUGCCGCGGGACCUGCUCACCAAACACUUCUACGAGCAAUUCUUCGACGCCAUCUUUGUGGGGUUAGAAAAGAAAAACAUAUUAAGUUCGAAGAGCGAGAGGCAGUCCUGGUUGAGCGGCCUGGCUGAGGGUCUGCGCCACCUGGCGCGGCAGGACGACGACUUCGUGCUGGAGGUGGUCACGUCGGUGCACCGCGCGUGGCUGCGGCACGUGCUGGCGCCGCGCAGCGACCAGCGCCUCAUGCACGAACUCAUCAAAUGUUCGGCCAGCAAUAUGGCUGCUUGCGUCAAAUUUUGGCACCAGCAGUCUGAAGACAAAUACGACCAGCUUAUACGGAAUUUCUGGCAAAACGUGAACUUCACGCUUUUGAGUCAAAUCGAAACGUUGUCCGAUAACACCUCCGACACCGCCAGCGCGACGGCCGGCCACGUGCUGCUCGUCCAGACUCUGAAGACGUCGCUACUAAAUGAACCCAAAAAGCAGCGAAGCAUCAAGUUCGAAAUGGACCGUGACGAGGUCGCGCCGGAGCCCGCCACCCCGGAGUGGAGUCCCGCGCCCGACCCGGCCGCCGCGCUCCGGUUCCGGCGCGACCUGGACGACGCCGUGCAGAGGCUGGUGGCGCGGUACUUCGAGCUCGUGGGCAGCAGCUCGCACUGCGAGGCGGUGCUGGCGGCGCUGGCGACCCUGCUGCAGGAGUGGGAGGGCGGCGUGCGGGCGGCGGGCGCGGCCGCGCUGUACCGCGCGCUGCUGCGCCCGCGCCUGCCCGCCUCCCGCGCCGCGCUGCUGCUCGCCUUCCGCCUGCUGCCCCACAUGGACGCGCCCGAGCGGGACCGAGUGUUCGACUCCUUCGACCAGCUGACGGGUGACUGCGAGGAGUGGUGCAUCGAGUACAGCGCCGCCGCCGCGUGGUGCAGCACCAGCGCCGCCCGCUUCCUCCGCUCCCCCGCCCGCACCCCCGCCCUGCUCCGCGCGCCGCACCUGCUGACGGCGUGCCUCGCGCACGAAAUACUAAUCAGCAAAGAAGCAAUCUCCGAAAUCAUUGACGUGAUCAACAAGACCCUCGCCGACCCCGACUCUCCCGAGCUGGAGCUCCGCAGCAGGAUGGGCGCUCAGCUGGCCACCACCUUGCCCCAGGACUACCACGAUCAGAACUUUUCGCGGCUGCUCGUCAACCUGUUCCAUCUGAACGUUCUUGUGCCGUUGGGAGACGGCAGACUGUCGGCGGACACGUGGCACGAAGUCCGUUCUUCCUGGCAAGACGGGAUCGGUGCGCUGGUUCCUGCUGCAAGGAAAAUAAUCUAUAAAGAAAUCAAUGACUACAUCAUAGACACGCUGUUCACAGAAAUCCGACCCCUGGAGGCGGGGCGGGUCGAGAGCAUCACCUCGCUGUGCCCGCUCGUGCUGAGCAAGGACGCGUCGCCGCCGGAGCUGCGUGACGUCACGGAGUUCUCGCGGGCGCUGCUGGGGGGCGCGGGGGGCGCGGCCCGCACGUGCGCCGUGCGCCACGACUGCAUCCAGGGCAACUUCAACUGCCCCUUCAGGGACGACCCCUACAUGAAGACGAUCAUCGACGAGGCCGACGGCGAAGCGACCGAGCCAGACGAGAGCGACCUUACGGUCUAUGUGAAUAAGUGCGUUUUUCGCUCGCUGUACCUGAAAGCUAUUUUGCUGCGCGAGACGGAGGACGAGAGCGGCGACGCGCAGCGCUGGGGCUCCCUGCUGCUCCGGGACGACUACUUCCUGCUCGAGUUCUGCCAGCUGCUGCACGACCACAUGGUGCUGUGCACGCUGGACGAGGCCUAUGCGUUCUCGCCCCUGCACGAGAUAGUGGGCGCGGCCAGACGCACAACGGACGCCGUGGUGCUGUCCACGGUCCGCGGCACGGAGCGCCCGGCCCGGCGCCGCGUGCUGGCCGGCCUGGCGCGGCGGGCCGCCGCCUGCGGGUACUACUGGGCCAAGGCUCGGAGAUACUUCGAGCUCAACGUAGACCCCGACGACCUGGAGGCGGAGAAUCCUUUCGACACGUCGAACCUGGAUCUCGAGAAGAUGGCGGAAAUCGUAACGGGGAACGGGUACUUCCACAGUCUGCAGGCGAGCCUGCGCGGGCGCGAGGGCGCGGGCGCGGGGGCGGCGGGUGAGGCUGCGGGGGCGGAAGGCGAGGGCGCGGGGGCGGAGGGCUGGGCGCGCGUGCUGUACCUGGUGAUGGUGCGCAGCGUGUACGCGGCUCACGGCGACGAGCCCGGGGUGCUGGACGCGCGCUUCCUGCAGGAGCUGGCGCGCUGCGACUCCGGCUGCCGCCUCGACGUCAUCAUCGACCUGUACUACCGGCACAACCACGUCAUGCUCUACGACAGGGAUAUCCGGUCGGCGAGUUGGGCGCACGUGCUGAGCAACGCGGCCGUGUGCGAGUGUCUGCGGGCACAGCUCGUGGGGCGCGGCCGGGCCGCCUCCGCCGCCGUCUGGGACUUCCUCUGCAUCACGCUCUGCUCGCUGCUCUCCUCGCUGCAGCUCUCCAAGGCGCACUGGGGCUCCACCAAGUACGCGCUGCUGGCGCGGGCCGUGUUGCGGCUCUACGUCGCGGCGGCGAGGGCGGUGGACACGGCGGGGGGCGUGGUGGGGGACACGGCGGGAGGCGUAACGGGGGACGAAGUGGCGGGGGCGGGGGCGGCGCGCGCGGCGGAGUGGCGGGACGUGUUCGCGCCGGACCUGCACGCCAACCUCUUCGCGCUGCUGACGCACGUGCUGGACUCCCACCACGCGCCGGUCAAGUCCACUCACGUGUCCACCGUCGAGGAGCUGAUGCUCUGCACCAAACACAUGGAUUGGAACCUGUUGCCCAAGGAGCAGCAGGUGAACACGUUCGCGCUGAGCCGGCUGGUGCGCGCGUGCUGCGGCGGGCUGGCGGGCCCGCACCGCGCGCACCAGCACCUGGCCGCCUGCGUGCUGGAGCUGCUCGUCGAACCGCUGGUGCUGGAGGACGUCGGCAAGCUGUCCAUGUGGAGCGAGUCCUCCGACGAGGAGAAGGAGCAGCACGAGCGGCCGCAGCUCUCACUGGAGUACUUCCACGAGGACUUCGUGCAGCUUACGGACGCGGUGGAGGCCGCGCUCGCACCAUACACGGUGGGCGAGGCGGUGUGCGGCGCGGCGGGGUGCGGCGCGGCGGGCAUGUCGGCGCGGGAGCGCGGCGCGUGCCUGGGCUGGCUGCUGAUGGCCGACAGCCUGCACCGACAGUGCCGCGUCGCUAAGGGGGACCUGAAGCACUACUACAUCCACAUAUACAAAGACAAGGAGUACGGCGUCCCCCUGCUGGAGGGCAGUCUGCGGCUGCUGCCGGAGGAGCUGCUGGCGCACGCGCUGGGCAACAAGCCGCUGCCGCCGCAGUACGCCGCGCACUUCCACGGCACGGCGCCGCGCUCGCUGCGCCGCCCGCCCGCCGACGAGCUGGCGCGGCUGGCGUGCGCGUGCGUGCGCGCGGCGGUGUGCGGCGCGGGCUGCGGCGCGGCGCGGGCGUGGCGCAGUGCGGCCCCGCAGCGCGCCGCGCGCCUCUUCGACGCCGUGCUGGCCGCCUACGUCACGCCGCUCGCCGUGCGGGACCAGCUGCUCGCCGUGCACGAGCGGGCCAACGAAAUCGAAAACGCACAGAUCCAAGUGCUGUGGUCGUCUCAGGAAGUGUCGUGCGUGUACCGCGUGGAGGGGCGCGGCGUGGAGCUGCGCGUGCAGCUGGCGCGCGACCACCCCGUGGGCGCCCCCCGCGUCACCCCGCCGCCCCCCGGCUCGCCCGGCGCCAACACGCACUGGAUCUCCGUGUACCUGGCCUACCAGGACGGCACGGUGCUGAGCGCGCUGCGGCAGUGGACGCGCGCGGCGGGCUCGCGCGUGCAGCGGGCCGCCGUGUGCUACAUCUGCUACUGCCGCCUGCAGCCCGCCGCCGGCACGCUGCCCCGCGCCGCGUGCCGCCAGUGCAAGAACAAGUUCCACAAGGAGUGUCUGCGCAAGUGGUUCUCGACGAGCAACAAGUCCAACUGUCCGCUGUGCAGGGCGUCCUUCUAGCGGCCCCCCGGCCAGCUCGCCCUGCGCCCUACGAUCUGACUGUUUUAUUUUAAAUUAUGACGUCACUGUGUCAAAAUCAUUGUUGUGUGUAAAUAAAAUAAUCCUGGAAAUGUUA